AUAAUGAUGGGCUCUAUGUAUGUCACGUGCGCAACACAAUCUGAUCCUGGGAUCUUCGACGCAUCGACAAUGGAGUAGGGGAUUGGCCCAUUCAGGCUGAGACAUCUUGAUUAUUGUCUGCUCACAUAAGUUAAAGGGAGCAAAAUCGAAUCUUUCUUCUCUUCUCCUCUGUUUCAGAGAAUCUUUAGCUUUUGACCCUUUCGAUCGCUGUCCUGAAUCCUAGAUUUUCCUCUCUGAUGUCCUAAAUACCGAUCUCUUUAAAUAGUCUGCAUCAUCUGGUCGGGAUUCGAAUGGCUAGACCUAAAACAAGUCUCGAGGUUUAGCUUCAAUGUUCAUGCCGUAUGCAAGGAUUGCUUCAGAGAUUUUUGAAAUGCUGUCACCUGAGAAAUCAGAACGUGAUCAUCUUGUUCAAAGAUUAAAAACAAUGGUUUUGAUUGAUCUUGUCCUUGAAUUCAUGUGGUGAUCAGGAUGGAGAUGAUGUCUUGACGAUGGUGGUGUAAAAGCUAUAUGCCUGGAGACGAUGGAAGACUGGUUUCCUCGUACUUUGUCUGAUUCAAAGAAACUGCUACGGAUCUCCUUGAGUUAUUUCUUAAGAAGAGGCUUUUGUAAAAGGUUUAUUAAAGAUAUAAGUAUGGUUUCUGUGUUGCUAUGGCGGAAGUCUCUCUGUGCAAAGGGCAUGGAAAAAAAUGAUCCUUUUUGAACCCUCGAAGCUAUAAAUACUUACGGUUUUCAUGGACGAUUGAUGAUUUACCUGUGAACCCAUGCGUUCCUCUGCCUUCCUUCGAAACGCCGGAAUCGCAAUCCGCCAUUGCCGGAGCUCUGUUUAUCAUCUUCACUCUCCAGCCCGACCAAAACCCAAAACCCCCAACACACGAUUCUCCCAGAGACGGCAACCAGACAAAACCCAGUUCCCAGAACAGAGGAUCUACACCAGAGACGUCGUAUCCAACAUCUACAAGUUCCUCAAGUACUCUACUUGGGAAUCCGCUCAAGAACAGCUCCGAAAUCUCCGCAUCAGAUGGGAUUCUCACAUCAUCAACCAGGUUCUGAAAACCCAUCCGCCGAUGCAGAAGGCUUGGCUGUUCUUCAACUGGGCUUCCGAUCUCAAAGGAUUCAAGCACGACCAUUUCACUUACACCACCAUGCUCGAUAUAUUCGGGGAAGCGGGUCGGAUCCAAUCCAUGUUCUUCGUGUUCGAGCAGAUGAAGGAGAAGGGUAUAAGGAUCGAUACAGUGACGUAUACAUCGCUGAUACACUGGGUCUCUAACUCCGGCGAUGUCGACCAUGCGAUCAGACUGUGGAAGGAGAUGUGCGAUAAUGGGUGCGGACCAACGGUCGUGUCGUACACUGCGUACAUGAAGAUACUUUUCUCCCAUGGGAAGGUGAAAGAGGCGACAAAUGUGUACAAAGAGAUGUUGCGGUCGGGGAUUUCUCCGAAUUGCCAUACUUACACUGUGUUGAUGGAGUAUCUUGUCGGAACUGGAAAAUGCGAGGAGGCCCUUGACAUUUUCUUCAAGAUGCAAGAAACUGGUGUGGAGCCAGACAAAGCGGCCUGCAACAUUUUGAUAGGGAGAGCCUGUAAAUCCGGGCAAACAUCUGUGAUUGAUCAAAUUCUUCUGUACAUGAAAGAGAACGGUCUUGUUCUUCGUUACCCCGUGUUUCUUGAGGCUUUGAACGCUCUGAAAGCCGCAGGUGAAAAUGAUGAUCUUUUGAGAGAAGUCAAUCCCCAUAUCUCUGCUGAAUCUGUAAGCUCCGAUGCCAUGGACGAGAGCGUUGAUGUUGAAGCUGAAGAUACAGUAAGUUUAGAAAACGGAAUUAUCGGGUUUGUUCUCUUGAAGAAGCAGAACCUGGUUGCAGUUGAUGUUCUACUGAACGAUAUGAAGGAUAAGAACAUAAAGUUGGAGCCUUUGAUCGUUUCAGCCAUUGUAGAAUCAAACUGCAACAAUGGCAGAACCGAAGGAGCGUUAUUGGCCUUUGAUUACAGCGUCAAGACGGGAAUUCGUCUCGAGAAGACAGCGUAUCUUGUGCUAAUAGGUAACUUGAUGAGAAGAGAUGGUCAUACCAAAGUGGUAGAAGCUGUCCAAGAGAUAGUCAAAGCGGGAUACUCGCUCGGUCUGUACAAUGCAGCAAUGUUGAUCCACAGGCUCGGGUUUUGCAGAAGACCUCGUUUAGCUUCACGGGUUUUCGAGCUAAUUCCCGAGGACGAGAAGGGCGUCGUCACUUACACCGCGUUGAUCGGUGUGUAUAUCUCUGCAGGGAGUACAAAGAAAGGGUUGAAGAUAUAUGGAGAGAUGAGACAGAGAGAGAUCAGGCCGUCACUUGGGACAUACAAUGUUCUGUUGUCUGGUCUUGAAAGAGGAAAUGAUUUCCAGAAAGAAGCAGAGUCUUUGAGAAAGGAGAAAAAGAGUCUUGUCUUUUCUUGCCGUUUCCGGGAAAAUGUCACCGUCGAUGAGAAAAUAUGCGAUCUUCUCUUUGCCGGAUAUAUGUAAGCCCUAGUAGUGUUUGUUAUACGAGUUCCUCGUAUAUAUUUUCAUUUUUUUAGAUACAUAAAUUUUCCACUAACCAAUUUCAGUUUAAAUGCCAUUUAGAGUUCGAUUUGA